AUGGCGAAUCCGACGGUCACUGUUAUUCUCAUCGCCAUCACCGCCACAGCUGCCGCAGCAGCUGCGCCUCCGGCUACCCAAUACACAAACCACACCGUCGGUGGGCCCACCGGCUGGUUCUUCAACGCCACCACCAACUCUUCCUUCGCCAAUUACUCCUCUUGGGCUGCCUCCCAGACCUUCAAUCUCGGAGAUUACCUCAUCUUCAACACAAGCACAAACCAGACGGUGAUUGAAACCUACAACGAAACCACAUACCGUGGCUGCACGCCGGACGACGACGCGUUCGAGUACGGCGGCGGCAGCACUGCGUUCGGGGAGGCGCAGACCAUCGCGGUACCGUUGACCCUCGAGGGUCCCGCCUACUACUUCUCCGGAGCCGGCGACGGCGCGCAGUGCCAGCAGGGCAUGGCCUUCGCGAUCCAAGUCAACAAAGGGCUCGGGUUGCCGCCGAUCCUCAACCAACCUCCACCUCCGCCGUACAGUGAGCCUCCGAGUUCUUCGACUCAGUCGCCGCCUGUGACCGUCACCGGAGAUCAGACGCCGGGGAAUGGAGGAAUGAGAAGCGGUGCUAACAUCCGCGAGGGGUUAUUUGGGAUUCUUGCAUUGCUGCUGCUGCUUCUUAGGCUAUGA